AUGAAUGCUCAAAUAUCCUUUCUUGAGGGGACUUUUACCCUGAUCCACGUCCCUCUCAAAACCUACCCGCAUCUCCUUCAGCCCAUAAUCCGAACUCUACUACCGCAAACCCAAUCGCUCAAGGGCUCCAUCACUCCUCCCGAUCGAGAGCGCGAUGGCCUCACCACCGACGACCAACACAGCUUUCUCAACGUGAGCGUAACUCCUCUCGAGUGUUCGAUUGUGUGCCAUAGCUCCUGGGCCGCAAACGUGUUUGACCCCGUUAUCAAGGCCUUACCGAAAGAUGUCGCCAAAACCAUUUCUGUGUCUACUGACGAGUAUCUCGUCAUCUCCGUCAUCAGUGCCGCGUUGGUCGCCCACGGUUUCCAGCUCGCUCAGAACGACCCCAACUACAAGUUCAAGGGCCACGAAAACCCUACCGUUGCCCCGCCGCAGGUCACCUCGUCUGUCUCCGAGCUCCAGACCCGGACGUUUGACCUCCUUCGAAAGAACAGCGUGGUACCGUACAUGCAGGAGGACCUGCAUCUCGUGCAGUGCUCGGGCCGAGAGAUAUCCCACCUCAACCAAGAGUUCUCCCACCACUCUUCUCGCAGACUUGGAAAUGGAAACAGCCGCCCUUCGUGGCUGGAUCAUGUAGACACCAAACUAUAUACCGCCAUGGUCUCGGCUUUCGUAUCGCAACCGAAAUUUCUUUCCGUCACCUUGGCAAAGGAAGAGCCACCAUCGCUUCUCCUUGACAAAUCCCUACUCGAUAUAUUCGGCGAUUCCCUAGUUGGAGAUACAGAGGGCGAGCUCAUGCCAAUCUUUCUCGACCUUUCCGGUCUGUCCUACGAGGCCACUGGUAUCGUCUGCGGCGUAGCUGGAAAGCUGGUGGCCGACAUGGAAACACAAGGAAGCUCGGAGCUGUCGUAUCUCUCCACCGCCCGCGCAGGUGCCGUGAUCCUGUCCACUGAACAGGCUGCCCGUGCGCUCACUAUUCUGAAGCCUAUGCUGGAAAACUGA